UCUGUGCUCUUCCAAACACUGGCUGGUGAGAACGACACAUUUUAUCACCUCUCCCUUGCUCUUCCUUCAGUGUGGGGGGCAUAGAGGCGAGGGCAGUCUGGUCUCGCUGCCCCGGCCACUUCAAAACUAAGAUAAUGUUUGCAUAAAGAGUCGGCACUUCUCUCCAGCCUUUCAGAUUGAAGAGAAACCUUGUAGGAGGCUGCUAGCAUUUUCAAGGUUACAAGCGAAACACAAGGCAAAACAAGACUAGAGGUGCGAAGUACGACACCCUGGCGCCGAUGUACGAUGGCACGACACACCUGGCUGCUAUAUAACACCCGCCCUCAAGCCCCCGAGCUCAGUGCAGUGAAGGCUUUAGUAGGGGAUGUCAUGUACCUGUUCUUCACAAACUUAUGAGAGAAAGACGCGCUGAUCUCAUUGGUUUCUUUAUCUGUUCUGUUUCCUCUGGUGUUUUUCUUUUUUGUUGAUUCCUUUGCUUGUUUUCCCUUGUUUUCUUCAGUAAAUUUCUUCUUUUUUUGGCUUUUCUUAACAUUUUCUAUAUUUUUUUUGUAUUUUGUUUCUUUUUCAGUGUCUUUAUUUUUUUCUUCUUCUUUUAUGUACAGUUUCUUAUUUUCCUUCGUUUUAUUUCCUUUUGUCGUCUUUCUUUUCUUUCUCCUUUUCCUUAUUUACCUCCUUCCUUCUUCUCCUCCUUCUCUUUACUCUGAAAUUCUUAUUUGAUUUUUACUAUUUUCUUCCUACUUUCCUUCGUCCACUAAUUUGUUUCCUUCUUUCAUUCGCUUCCUUCAUUUUCCUUCAUCCCUUCUAUUCCUCUCUAUAUUAUUUUACUUUCCCCUUUUCUCUUUUUUCCUCCCUUUCUCUCUCUCUCUCUCUCUCUCUCUCCCUUUAUUGUUUCUCUUUCUUCCUCUCCUUCUUUUUAUCUCUCCCUACUUUCUUGUUUAGUAUUCUUAAUCCUCUUAUUCCUUUUCUUCCUUCUAAAAUUUACAUUUAUUUUUUAUUCUUUCAUUUUCAUCUCAUCUUCCUCUUCUUCCUCCUCCUCCUCCUCCUGCUGCUCCUCCGCCAAUGGGUUAGCAGUCCACAAGAGCACGCAGGAGCCUCACAAUGGACGCCCUACUCCCCCAGCUGGACGAGUCUUGGAUCUUCCAAGUUCCCAGUCCAAACGGUGAUCUGUUCCAAGUUACGAGUCCAAAUGGUGACAUGUUUCAAGUUUCCAGUCCAAAUGGUGACGUGGACUCCGGCUACGAUGAUGCAUCCCUCUCUCCCCUCCACUCCUCCCUCUCCCUCUCCCCCCUCCACCUACCAGAUCUCCCUCCCACCCCCCCUCCCACCGCCUCGCCGCCCUUCCCCCUCCAGCCACAGUCUCUGCCACAAGAUCUUCACCACAUUAAUCGCAUCUGCCACAGUCUUCAGUCCCAGCAGAUGCCCGACAGCUCUUCAGAAGGCCUGGACCUCUCCUCCCUGGAUCUCGUAUCCCUGGACACCCUGGAUUACCUCUUCCCUGAGCCGCCUACGCCACCCACGCCCCUGCCAGUGUCCCUGGAUGAGUCUGGAGGCGACCUUGGGGUGCUCACCUCCCUCACGCCCACCGGGGAGUGCAUGGGCGUGCCUGGGCAGCCCGCACGGCCGCCGGAGAGCCACGGGUUGGAGGCGUCACAGGUGACAGAUCAGCUCACCCUGACCCCCGCCGCCCUGCCAGCACUGGAGGCCGGCCUGCCGUCCAUGGAGGCCUGCUCCUGCCCCUGCCCGCCCUUCGGCAUCGACCUGCCCCCCGACAUGACCUGGGCGGCUCCAAGGGGCGAGGACAUGGGCGGGGGCUUGUUCUCUCAGCUACUAGAUGACGACACGGACGAGGUCCCGCCGCCACCGCCUCGCCGCCUCCUGCCCCCAGUGUUUCUACAAGGCCACGACUACACGUCAAAACUGCCCCCUCCACCCCCGCCACCGCCUCCACCAGUUCAGCGAGCCCUCCCCCCUCCACCAAGGGACGCGCCUCCACCCCCGCAGCCCCCGCCAGCGAGAGGAGAGGUGCGGGAAGAGGAGAGAGUGUUCCAGUGCACUUACGCUGGGUGUGGCAAAGUGUACGCGAAGUCCUCCCACCUCAAGGCUCACCUCAGGAGGCACACUGGGGAGAAACCCUUCGUCUGUACCUGGACUGGCUGUUCGUGGCGCUUCUCCCGAUCUGACGAGCUGGCCAGGCACCGCAGGUCACACUCGGGGGUCAAGCCUUACAGGUGCCACGUGUGUGAUAAGCGGUUCUCCAGAUCUGAUCACCUGGCCAAGCAUCAUAAGGUACAUAGGAGGGACCGCGUGUUGGCGCUGUAUGGCCCCCUCUCCUCCUCCCUCCCGCCCAGACGCUCCCGGCCGCCGCAUCCUCCCGCCCACGCCCGCCCUCCGCAGCCCCUCCCGCCCGUGGUGCACCGCGUGGAGUUCCGGGCGGCGCGUCCUAUUAGAGUGUGUCAGUAGUGGGCGUGGGCGACGGCGUGGGCGUGUCUGGCUCAUCCCUCUACGCCCAUGGUCUGAAGUGGGUGUGUUAGUGUAUGUGUGUGUGUGUCUGUGUUUCAGUUCCUUGAGUUACGAACGUUUCUGAGUGUGAUGUGCCUUCUUCCUUGAGUUACGAACGUAUACUCGAGUUAUGGAUGCUUUGUAAGUGCCUUAUUCUACGAUAUAUUUACGUAUCCUCGAGUUGCGAACACGUCUUCCGAGUUACAAACGUGUGCUCGAGUUCUGAACGCAUCCUUGAGUUAUGAAGGUGGCUUGUUCCUCAAUUUAUUCACAUGCCCUCGAGUUACGAACAUAUUCUCGAGUUGUGAACACGUCUUCCGAGUUACAAACGUGUGCUCGAGUUACGAACCUCCACUUGGUGCCUUAUUUCUUAAUGUGUGGAUAUUUCCUCGAGUUACGAACGGCUCCUUCAGAUACGAACAGUUUAGGAAUGCUUGUUUCAAUAUGGUGACGCCGUGACCUUCAUAGAAAACGUGUAGCUGUUGUCUAAUGGCUGACUUCACUAUAAUGCUCACAAUAAAUAGAUAAAUGAGAGGAAAUGUUGCUGUAAUGGUUUCUAAUUAUUUUUUUCAGAAAUUUCUUUGUUUUCAGUGUUUACCUGCUUUGGAAACAGAAAAAAGAACAAAAGUAAAAGAAAAGAACAAAAAUGUUGUCUAAUGUUGCUUUCCAGUUGAGUUUCCUUCUUUAAUUUUUAGUUGUAUGUAGUGUUUUUAGUUAUUUCUUCCAUUUUCUUUUUAAAGUUGAAAGGAAAAUAACAAAAAAGAGGAAAGAAAACAAGGAAAUUUUUGUUUUAAUGAUAUUUUCUAGUUGUAGGCUAGUUUUAAUUUCUGACUUUCAUUAGCUGAGCAAGAAAGACAGAGAGAGAGAAAAAAAAAAAGAAAGAAAAAGAGAGAAAGGGGCGAAAUGUUACCAAUGAUAUUUUGUAACUAUUUUAACCAUUACUUUUAUCGCGCCGCUUCCGUACUGUCGCUUGAUAACCUUCCCCGCGCGCUGAACUGACCUACAGACCACGCCCCCUCCUCCCUCAUUGGCUGCUGUAUUACUGAUUGGUUUCCUAAUACAACUUUUAUUUAUUUUAUUUUAUUUUGUUUAUUUAUUUAUUUAUUUAUUUUUUGUUUUGUUCGAGCAUCACCGGGAAGACAAUGCCGACAUCAAAGUAAGCAUUAAGAAAGAUCGUAAAAAAAAAGGAGACAGAUUUUCAUGAAGGGAUCCAUAACCUGACUGGCGACAAGCGCAAGAUGACUGUAAGAUGAAAGAAAAAAAGAAGAGAAAAGGUGACAUGAAAAUAUUAACCCUUCUGGAAAAUCGUAAACCAAAGGAAGAAGGGAAAAAAAAAAGUCAUGAAAACAUCAAAUCUUCAGAAAAGAGUAAAGCAAAAGAAAAACAAAACAAAACAAAACAAAACAAAAACAAGCUUACUACAUAAACACGUGCACAAUUUGAACGUCGACAUGUGCAAACUAGAAAAAAAAAACAAUAGAAAAAAAUAACAUCAACGCAUUAACAAUUCACAAAACUCGUAUGAAAAAAAAAGUAAAGAAAGAAAGAAAAAAAAAAUGACAAAUGCAUCCAAAUCACAACCAAAACGCGCCACGGGACCUGAUUGGCGCGCUGCAUUAUGAACGGGCCAAUCAGGAUGAUGCGAGGGGGAGUGGCUUAAAGAUCAGCUCAGCGCGCGGGGACUUCCGUUAGCGUGUCGUGGUGUCCCUGCCGCGCCCAGCAAGGCCGCGGGGGACUCAGCAGCUGCCGCCAAAGAUAGCCUAAGCCGUGGCCAGGCGAGGGUUCGGACACUGAGGGAGUGCAGGUGCUGAGAUGAGAAGUGGCACAAAGAAAACGUUUUGGUUCUUAUGGGGCACCAAGUUAUAUUUUCCCUGGUUAAUAUUUUAUUUUAUUUUAUUUACUUAUUUUUCUUUUUGUGUGUAAAAGGGUUGAUGUAAAUAUUGUGGAGUGUAUUAAGAAAUGCUUUGCUCUCUCACCAUUACUAUUUUCUAAGGUCACAGAUAACUAGCCGGAUUCUCAAGACCUCCUACCAAUAGUGUAGAAAUUUUGUUAAUGUGUCACUAGGACCGUAAAAAAACACUAUUAAAAACAGUAAAAUUUCACCAUGACUAUUUUCCAAGGCCACAGAGAUGACUAGCCGGGUUUUCAAGAGUGUCUCCCCUGUUGAUAAUGUAAAAAUCUUGUUAAUCUGUCACUACAACCAUAAAACACCCUUAAAAACACGUGUCACUUCAAACAGUCCCUUUUGAAAGCUGUGGACGGCCGGCGCAGAAGUGUUUCAGAAUAUGGGUGUGUGCGUGGUGCUCUCCCUCAGUGUCCGACCCUUUGUCCCUGAUGUGAAGGAUGCAGCCACGUGUGUGUGUGUGUGUGUGUGUGUGUGUGUGUGUGUGUGUGUGUGUGUGUGUGUGUGUGUGUGUGUGUGUUAUUAUUGUUGUGUUUCAGUUUGUUUUGAUAUUGUUACUUUUUUCUUACACAUUUUAGUUCGUUUUAAGUUAUACGUUUGUUUUAGUUUUAGUUUUAGUGACUUUACUAUUAUUAUUAUUAUUAUUAUUAUUAUUAUUAUUAUUAUUAUUAUUAUUAUUAUUAUUAUUGGUAUUGUUAUUUGUAAGGAUUUUUUUCGAGUCUAGUUUUUGUUUUUAUUUUCAACAUAUAACAAAGAAAAGUAAAAAAAAAAAAAAAAAGACGUUUUGAUUACACUUUGAAAAAAAAAAAAAAAAUGCACAGCUGCUGAUGAUGAUGCUGAUAACACUAAUUGUAAUCCCUUUAAGCAGAAUACUCUAGGUUAGCUACUUUUGUAUGUGGUAAGACUAUCUGCUAAGGACUUAAGCUAAUGAUACUUUAAGGCCAAGUAGAAGUAAGGACAAGCAAAGGAGCUGGGCAAAGGAUCUGAUGUGAUUCAACUCUCCCCACCGAUCUCUAAAGGAACGAACUAAAGGAACCAGUUUGUUGACCUUUUGAGGCGAAGCGGGAGCAACUAAAUCAAUGUUUGUGUGUUUAUUUGUAUUUUUCUUCUUUUUUGUGUUAUUUUUUUUAAUGAUUCUUUUUUUUUUGUGUAUUUGAUUUGUGUUUAUUUUUUUUAUUCUAUUUUAUUUUUUUAUUUAUUUUUUGUUAAUUUUGAAUGAUUAUGUUUAGUGUGUGUGUGUGUGUGUGUGUGUGUGUGUGUGUGUGUGUGUGUGUGUGUGUGUGUGUGUGUGUGUGUGUGUGUGUGUGUGUGUGUGUGUGUGUUCAAGUGACGUGAAAAUAAUAUAGAUUUGAUUGAAAGUUGGAAAAAAAAAAUAUGUAGCAUUAUAUAAUAACAAUAAUAACAAUAAUAACAAUUAAAACAAUACUGAUUUUGUUCUGGUAUUUAAUAAUUUUCAGUGUGUGUAAUUAAUCGUGGUUUGUAAGAUCUGAUUAAUUAAGCAACGAAAUAAUGAUCUGGCUAAUUAUCCAACUGUAUAAUUACCUUGUUACUCUACUGAUAUGUGUUUUGUACCGUGCUGUAUUUUGUAUAGUAAUCUUCAGUAAUCUUCAAUACUCUAAUUCUGCCAAAAAAAGAAAAAAAAAGUAUUCUCUCUAAAACUUUAUAAUUCUUGUCCAUUUAGUUUUAGUUAUAAUAAUAAUAGUAAAUUUUUAAGUAAUCCACAAGUUAUACAUUCAAAAUAAGUCAAAACUCUUUAAUCUAUUGAAAAAUAACAAUCACGUGCAAUUCAAACAUUUCCUAAAACUGAACAAAUUAUAUUUUCUUUCUCAAUUAAAGGAAAAAAAAAAAAGAUUCUUAUCAAAUUCACGAAUAACAAUUUCCUUUUGUACUAAGUUUUUAAUUUUAUACAAAGAACUCCAUACGGUGACAUUCCCCUGCGUGUACGUGUGUGUGUGCGUGUGUGUGUAACAGUUGAGACAAAUAAAGUUUUUUGUUCAUUUUAA